AUGCGUUUCACCAUCAUCGCCGCUUCUCUCGUCGCAGCUGUUGCUGCUCAGUACCCUGCUGCUAGCGAGACUUGCGCCGCCCCGGUCACCGUCACCGUCACCAAGACCUUGGGCCACACUCCUGUUGCUCCCUCCAGCGGCUCUACCUACUACCCAACCACCGUUGCUGUCUACCCCACCAGCACUCCUCUGGUUCCUGAGGCCUCCACCGUCAUCAGCGGUGCUCCUCCUGCCGUCUCUGGUACCGCUGCUCCCACCGGUACUGGUGCCCCCAUCCCCGAGUUCACUGGUGCUGCUUCCAGCAUCAAGGUCGGCAGCGCUCUUGCUGGUCUCGGUGCCGUCGCCGCUCUUCUGUUGUAA